AAAGAUGUCUGACACUUUUGAUGAGAAGAUCAAGAACUACAGGACGGCUCCUUUUGACGCCCGAUUCCCCAACACCAACCAGACCCGCAACUGUUUCCAGAACUACCUGGACUUCCACAGGUGCAACAAGGCCCUGUCAGCCAAAGACCAGGAUGUGGCUCCCUGUGAUUGGUACCAGAGGGUUUACAAGAGCCUCUGUCCCAUGAGCUGGGUCGGCAAAUGGGACGAGCAGAUAGAGAAUGGAAGUUUCCCGGGAAAGAUCUAAAAUCGGCAGCCGUUAUUGAUCAGGACAGUUCACUGCUAGACAUGCUGUUGCACCUUUACCUCUGUAGUGUGCCUCAUGACAUCUUCAAAACAGCUAACAAACCAUCAUCAAUAAUAUUAACUGUUAUUAACUUUAAAUAUAAACACGCACAACUUUUUACCUUGCAUGUUAAGGUCUGAAGUUUUUUCUCCAUCUAUUGUAAAGUACUCUUCGGCUUUGUUUGAUCAAUAAAUACUGUGCGGAUUUAAUUAAAAGGG